AGAUAUCAACUGCACCAUUCUUGGUCUCUUGUGAUACUAAUACUAUCUGUUUCUUCUUACCUUCAAAAAUGUCCAUCUCAAUCCUCUGCUUCUGCUUUGUUUUGAUUCUCCCUUGUGUCUACUCACUUCAUUUUAAAAUAACUCGUUUCAACCAAGACAGUCCCGAAAUAGCAUACCAAGGAGACGCAAGAGCAAACGGAGCUGUUGAGCUUACCAACAUCGACUACACUUGCAGUUCCGGCUGGGCUACUUAUGGCAAGAGGAUUCCUCUGUGGGAUCAAGAGAUCGGCAAGCCUUCGGAUUUCACUACACGCUUCUCCUUCAGGGUUGACACUCGUGGUGUUAUGUACGGUAACUACGGCCAUGGCUUCGCUUUCUUUAUAGCUCCUGCAGGGAUCCAAAUGCCUCCCAACUCAGCUGGUGGUUUCUUGGGUCUGUUUAAUGAAACCAACGAUAAGUCUUCUUUUUACCCGCUUGUUCAUGUCGAGUUCGACACGUAUAGCAAUCCAGAAUGGGAUCCUCUCGACAUGAAGUCUCAUGUGGGAAUCAACAACAACUCUCUUGUUUCUUCUAACGCAACUUCUUGGAAUGCGACCUCGCAUAGCCAAGAUAUAGGCCGUGUGACGAUCUUCUAUGAUUCAUCCAGAAGAAACUUGAGCGUCUCUUGGAGUUAUGACACAACAUCUGAUCCUAAUGAGAACUCGAGCUUAUCUUACAUCAUUGAUCUUUCGAAGGUGAUGCCAUCAGAAGUCACUAUUGGAUUCUCCGCGACAUCUGGAGGGGUCACUGAGGGGAAUAGACUUGUGUCGUGGGAGUAUAGUUCAACCCUGGAGCUGAGAGUUAUCAAGAAAGUUCGAAACGACAGGAAGGGGAUGAUCAUCGGUGUUUCAGUCUCUGUCUUUGUUUUGCUGACCUUCUUUGUUGUCUUCUUGAAACGAAAGCAGCAGCAGAAUAAGAAAGCUGAGGAGAAAGCAAACUUGAGAUCGAUAAAUGAUGAUCUUGAAAGAGGAGCAGGACCAAGAAAGUUUUCUUACAAAGAUCUUGCAUCAGCUGCCAACAACUUCUCAGAUGAUAGGAAGCUUGGGGAAGGAGGGUUUGGAGCGGUGUAUAAAGGCUACUUAAGCGGGUUAGAUACGAUGGUUGCGAUAAAGAAGUUUGCGGGCGGGUCUAAGCAGCAGGGGAAAAGAGAGUUCAUAACGGAAGUAAAGAUCAUCAGCAGUUUGAGACAUCGAAACUUAGUGCAACUUAUUGGCUGGUGUCAUGAGAAAGAUGAGUUUCUAAUGGUAUACGAGUUCAUGCCAAACGGUAGCCUCGACGCCCAUCUCUUUGGUAAGAAGCCUCGUCUCGCUUGGGGCGUGAGGUGCAAGGUAACUUUAGGUAUAGCCUCUGCUCUGCUGUAUCUUCACGAGGAGUGGGAGCAGUGUGUUGUCCACAGAGACAUCAAGGCGAGUAAUGUGAUGCUCGAUUCCAAUUUCAAUGCCAAGCUCGGUGAUUUCGGGUUGGCUAGGUUUAUGGACCACGAGCUUGGUCCGCAGACUACAGGGUUAGCGGGAACGUUCGGUUACAUGGCUCCUGAGUACAUAAGCACAGGAAGGGCGAGUAAAGAGUCUGAUGUUUACAGCUUUGGAGUUGUUACGUUAGAGAUUGUUACAGGAAGAAAAUCAGUAGAUCCGAGACAAGGAAGAGUUGAGCCUGAGACAAGCCUUGUGGAGAGAGUGUGGGAUCUGUACGGGAAAGGAGAAGUGAUCACAGUUGUGGAUGAGAAACUGAGGAUCAAUGAUGGUUUUGAUGAGAAGCAGGCAGAAUGUCUUAUGGUUGUAGGGUUGUGGUGUGCUCAUCCUGAUAGGAACUCGAGGCCUUCGAUUAAACAAGCCAUCCAAGUGUUGAAUCUUGAAGCACCGUUGCCUCGUCUUCCUAUCAAAAUGCCUGUUGCAACUUAUCGUGUCUCAUCUUCGAGUACUGGAACAUCGGUGGUGAGCUCUGGUGGUGCUGCUACUGCAACGUUUUCAAGUGCUCAGCUUGGUCGUUGAGCAGAUCUCUGUUGACUGUAAUAUGCU